AUUUUUUUCGCUUGAUUUUCUUGUUGUUUUCUGGGUUAAGUGAAAAAAAAUUCACCAUACGAUAAUCAACAUUGUUAGGGCAAUAGCGGCGACGACAACAACGACAAUUUAUUGAAUUUUUUUUAUAUAAUUUUCUUUUUUUGAGUUUUACAUUGGCGAUGGGCAAAAAAAAUAGUAAACUUAAUUCAGAAAUGGUACAAAAAUUAACUAAAGAUACUUAUUUUACCGAAAAAGAAAUCCGACAAUGGUACAAAGGAUUCAAAAAAGAUUGUCCAAAUGGACAGCUAACCGAACAGGGAUUUUUACGGAUUUAUAAACAAUUUUUUCCACAUGGAGAUCCAUCAAAAUUCGCUUCACUAGUAUUUCGUGUAUUUGAUGAAAAUAAAGAUGGUUCAAUCGAAUUCGAAGAAUUUAUCAAAGCACUUUCGGUCACGUCAAGAGGAAAUUUAGAAGAAAAAUUAGUUUGGGCCUUCAAAUUAUAUGAUGUUGAUAAUGAUGGUUAUAUAACCAGAGAUGAAAUGUAUAAUAUUGUUGAUGCUAUUUAUCAAAUGUUAGGUAAUCAGGCAAAAAUAUCCGAUGAAGCGGAUGAUGAAAAUCCAAAACAACGUGUCGAUCGUAUAUUUGAACAGCUUGAUAAGAAUCAAGAUAAUAAACUUACAUUGGAAGAAUUUAAAGAAGGCUCAAAACAAGAUCCAAAAAUUGUUCAAGCACUUUCAUUAUAUGCUCCUUAACAUUCAAUCACUUAAUAUCUAUCAUCAUCAUCAUCAUCAGCACCACUACCACCACCAUCACCAGUGAACAUCCUUAAUUCUCCCUCAAGGAAAAAAAAUUUUUUUUCGGUUCCGUUCAAUUCCAUCAUUAUCAUCAUUUAUUCAUUUUAU